GCGAUCAGAUAUCACUUAUUAGAUCCCGUGGUCGAUUCAAUGGCGACCUUUGGAGGGGUCAACCGAACCCCAGGGCAAUACGCUCUGUUCGAAGCAAUUAAGAACAAGCGUUAUCGGCAGGCUUUGCUAUUGGUUGAGGCCGGAGUCGAUGUAAACAGUCGUAAUGAGCGUGGUCAAACACCGCUGAUUAGCACGUCCAUCUAUGUGGAAGACUGUAAGAACCGUUCUAAGCUGGACAGACUUUUCCUGGACGCAGGAGCUGAUCCCAAUUUUCAAGACUGGCAAGGACUUACUGCCCUCAUGCACGGAUGUAUCAGAGGACAAACAGAUGUAGUUCUUAUACUUUUGGAUAACGUGAAAACAGAUCCAACAAUAAAGGACAUUGAGGGGAACACAGCUUUUAUGUAUGCAGCAGCGAAUGGCCACGCAGAUGUCAUCUCUACAUUUAUCAAUAGUUUUAAAUACAUGAAGAAAGCUUUGGAGUUAGGUACCAAGAAUAAUAACGGGUAUACUGCUCUCCAGUUGGCUAUGGACAACGGUCACGACGCUUGUGUAAAACUGUUAACAAAAGAAGUCGAGUCAUCCUCUAAUGCUUUUGAACUUUCUGCCGGAAAGACAGUGACAGUGACAAGCCUAACGGAAAACGUGCAGAAAGAUGACGGAAACACAUUAAAUGAUCAAACACUCGAAGAGCCUACUAUGACAGUCCAGGAUCUAGAUUCUGUUCCAGAAGGGACGUCUGACACUAACAUGCCCUCGGAACGAGAUGGGGCUACGAGCUCCAAGUCACUAAUCUCGAUAAAAUCAAGUACGGGUAUUCCACAGCCUGAAUCUGUGAGUUCCAGUUAUCCAAUAAGAAAAGAUUCACCGAGAAUAGACCCCUGCUGCACUUUAAAAUCUCCACAAAUGCCUGAGGAGGAAAGGAAGUAUUUAGAACAAACCACAGAAGAGUCCUCAGAACCCCAAAACACAUCUAAUGAUGAAAUAAGUGAAAAUUAUUUGAAACUUGCAAGUGAGUGGGAUAGUGGUAAUCUGGUAGAAGAGGCUAGAAUGUCUGAUAUGGAAAGUGAUGAAAUAUUGAACCUUCCUAAACACGAAAGUGAAGAAUUUGCUGUCUCUAAAUAUAGGCCCAUAACGACAAAAGGCAGUAUGUUGCCUUUCAUUCCUCUUCACAUCACCGAUCUUGACGCUUCUUUUGCUAGUACCAUGAGCGAGCCGUGCGACUGGGAUUUUGGAGUAAGAUCUCGAUCAAAGACGAAAUCUCGCCAACAAAUAGCUAGUCGAAGUCUCUCCGAAGCUCGAGGAUUGUUUGCCAACAACUUGAAUCGUUUAAAGGAAAAGAACUUCAACAGCUCUGACAAACUAUGUGAUGUUUUAUCUAAGGAUUCUCUACCGCUCUCAUCUAAAUGCAACAUGACCAUGUCUUCGGGAGCCAUUUUUCCGGGACUGGGUGGAACAGCGCCAUCAUUUCGCGGAAGUUCGAAAGAAGGAAUUCACUUUCCGCCACUGCGGCCAGAACUGUCAAAUUAUAAGCAGACCUUUAACACUUCGCCCACAACAGCAGAGGUUCCAGCUAGCGAAGAAAGAGAAUCUUUCCGAAAACACAAAACUUUAAGAACAAGCAGGAUAAAAACCUGA